AUGGCGUAUGGCUUCGCUGACGUCUUUAGUGGCUGGCACCGCCACCUCCACACCUUUUGCCUCUUUAUCGCUUUCUGGUGCUACUUCCAGGCCUGUCUGACUGCUCCCGACUUCCCCUCCAAGCGCUACCUCGACGUUGUGACUGCCGACCAUGGCUACCACUUUGGCGCAUGGGGCUGGUGUGAUGUCAAGCAGGACAACUGCACCGAGUCGUCCCUCAAGUACGAUAUCAGCGGUACGCUCCGCACGGCCUUGGCUUAUCCUACACUGAGUGGCGGAUACACGACUGCGACGGGCCUCAUGUUCUUUAUCCCGUUCACCGCUGCCCUCUGCGCUGUCGCCUGUAUUGUCUCGGUCUUUCGCCCCAAGUUCUCACACAAGUUGCAGAACCUGGCCGACAUUGUGGCUAUCGACUGUGCCGUCCUGUUGUUUGGCACCCUCGCCUUCGUCUCCGAGUGGAUCACGUUCUGGCACCUGGGCCACUACCUCACGUCCCACACCAAGGCGGGAGUUGCGCGCCACUCGGCCACGCACUGGGGCAUGUUUGUAGGAUGGCUCUUCCUCCUUCCUCCUCCGUACUUGGCCUGGACGGCCCGUCGUGCGGCCUUGGAGCGCACUGGUCCGUUUGGCAGUCGUCCCGAGGGCCCUGCUCCGGGCGCUCCUCCGCCUCCUCCCCCGGCUCACCACCAUUGA